UGCAGGCAUGCCUGUCAGCAACUAAACCUGUUCUAACUGGGACAUUUCAUACCAGGAUUUGAUUUGAUUGCUUUACAUCUGAUUCGCUCUUUAUUCAUCUGCAAACAUGACUAUCAGAACAGCGCGCCCAAACCGGGCACAGCAUUUCCAGCCCCGUUUGUAUUGCCUCAAAAAGGUGGCGGGGGCGGUGCUGGACAGACCUGCCACACCUAAACGUAUAGUGAGGGUGUGCUGGGAAUGCCUGGCAGAGACAGUGGUCCAUGAGAGCUUUAACACACACCUCCGGCAGAGCUUCAACAGCAUUCUGAGGGAAACUGGGGACAUUGAGUCCCAGUCCGGUAAUGACACAGUUGCUUGGAUUAGCAACAAAAUGAAGAGCACUACAGAAGAGGCUCAGGCCUUUGGCACCAUGUUGGUAGCUUAUGGUUACAUCUACCCGCUGCAGAACCACAAGAAGCUGGUCAUGUGCAACGACAGCAGCCUGUACCGUUUCCAGACUCCUUACUUCUGGCCAACACAGAGAUGGGUCCCAGACGACUCUGAUUAUGCCAUUUACCUGGCAAAGCGGAACAUCCGGAAGAAGGGCGCGUUGGAACCAUAUGAGCAGGCACAUUACAAUCACCUGCAUGAAUGGCUGAACCACAAAUGGGAUUUCAUUGUGAUGCAAGCAACUGAACAGUAUAAGGCUGGCAAAGAGAGGAAGAAGCCAGAUCGCGUGGUGUUUGACUGCCAGGAGAGGGCGUACUGGGUGGUGAACAGGCCUCCGCGUUAUGCUCACAGUGCCAUGGACUGUGGUCCAGAGAGGCUCAUUGACCCAAACACAGAUGAGAAAACCCCUUUUGAUAUCUAUAGACGCAAGAACAUGUUCUAUCAACAAGCUAUCAUGAGGUCCAAGGUCAAAUCUAGCGUCUCCCUGGGAGCGCUGGUCAAAUACAUCACAACCUACAAAAAUCAUGACCCAUUCCUGGCCUCCUGUCUACCCAGCAACCCCUGGCAAACAGACCAUGAUGCAUACUGGACUCUCAACAUGAGAAGGGUUGAAGUUCCUACUAAAAUGCGUGUGGAGCGCUGGUCCUUCAGCUUAUUCGAGCUGCUGACUGAUCUGCGAGGGCGAGAUGACUUCAAGAUUUUCCUUAAGAAGGAGUUCAGUGGUGAGAACUUGGCUUUUUGGGAAGCAGCAGAAGAACUGAAGUGGGGAACCGCAUCGUCUAUGUCAACAAAAGCUGAGAGCAUCUUCAAGACCUUCCUGGCGCCUGGCGCCCCCCGCUGGAUCAACAUUGAUGGCAGGACAAUGGGUCUGACAGUGAAAGGUCUGGAACAUCCUCACCGCUAUGUGCUGGAGGCAGCACAGACGCACGUCUUCCUGCUCAUGAAAAAGGACACGUUCUUCCGUUACCUCAAGUCACCUACAUACAAGGACAUCCAGAAGAAGGCACUGAACCCUGAACCGCACAACUUCAGUCCUGCCAAUCUGGAGCAGAACGCUCUGAACCGGAGCCCGGGCAUCCACCCCAUCAUCCUCUGGCAGCAAGAAGAGGAGGAAAAAGCCAAGGCUGCCGCUGCCUCCGCUCCAGUGGAUGUCAAAGCCAUGAUGAGCAAGAUCGACAGGAAGAAGUAGAAAAGUAUAGUGCAGGUGUGUUUGUAUGCACGCAGGUUCGUUCAAAGCAGUCCUCUUUGUAGCUGGAUACAUGAAAGGUCUCACUUUACUUAUUAAUGGUCUCCUGUUUUAGCAACUGUGAGUUAUUUUAAAUCGGAAGGAAAAACUUUGGCUUUCACGGCCAAGAUCUGGAGAAACACGGGCUGAGCCAUCAAAAGCUUUUCUUCUCUCUGUGCACAGAUUACAUUUCAUUUGCUUAUUCGAGUGAAAUAAUCCUAAAGACAAGUUACAAACGAUCAUUCACAUUUUCAGAUGUACUUAAAGCUGUUUCUACAGUUUCUACCAGUCAGCAGAUUAUAUUUCAUGUAUAUUGUGUUAGCACAGUUUGUUAAUAACACUCUUACUGUUGUGAAUCUACAGGGUGGGCCAUUUAUAUGGA